AUGUCAAAAGCAAACCCCUUAUCAUUUCUCUCUUACCUUCCUUCUUAUACCCCUCCAAUGAUCUCGUUUGUAAGGAGGUAUUCCAAUCUCAGUGACCGCAUAAUUACAAAUGAAUCUCAUAUAAAAGCACUGUUAACCUGGAACCCGGACACGCCGUACAGCUCCCUUCAACUACCGAACGGAGCAAUCGCUAAAGACGUGAAACAGAGGUACCACCAGCUGGCCAAAAUAUAUCAUCCUGACUUGCACACCAAUACCACACAGGUCACCUUUACCGAUACACAUGGACAUCGCGUUUGCAUAUCCCGGAAGGAGCUAGAAGAACGCUUCCGACGGAUCUCAGCUGCUUAUCAAAUGCUAAGAGAUACUAAAGCCCGGAGAGAAUAUGACAUUUCAGGAAGAGGAUGGGUUACACCACACGGCCCCGGAAGAUCCAGGCAUUCCACGCAGGCAUCCACCAACCGAUUUGGUGGAGCUGGAGUUUCGGAUCAUGAAUUCUUUUAUGCUGGUACAUGGGAAGAUUUUGCUAGGAUGCGGGCUCAGCAGGAUCCUGGGGUAGCGCGGAGAGAAAGGGAAGAACUGAAUCGCAUUUUUCUUACUGGAGCCUUAUCAAUGGCAGCGGCUGUAUCAAUUUUGUGGCUAGCUUGGUCCGUUGGAGGACUAGAUGAAAUUGAAGCGCAAACCACAGAGGUUCACGAAAAAUGUCUCUCGGAUCUUGAGAGGUGUUACACUAAUUACGGGUUUGAGCAGAACAAAGUGACACGAAUAAAUCGAUUUCUCUGGCUCCGUAAACUUAACGAAUUAAUCAUGGGGAACAUAAAUCCAAUGCAUAUUCAGCCCGUUGCCUUAAGUACUGAUCGCUUGAUGGAUUACAACACAGAUUUUGUCGCGGCUACCUCCCAAUCGGGCGCCUCCACCAGCGCGGAAGAUAGUAGACGAUGA